CUCGCAGUACGUAUCCCAUAUUUCAGAACCCCUUCGCUGGGCUCCAAACUCGACCGUUAGAGAUUCAAACCAGAGAGAGAGACUUCUUCUUUCCCAAUGCCAACCCUGAGAGAGAGAGCUAAAACCCUGGAAUCCCCUGCAAACCCUACCCAUCAAACCGACAAUGGCCAAGCCCAGACCACUGAGACCCAGGAGGUCUCGCUGUACGAGCAGUCCAGAGAGGAAAGAAUCAAAGAAAACCGAGAGAGAAUGAUGAAACUCGGCAUUUUCGACCUCUCUCUCAAGCUCAACUCCGUCAUCUCCACCAAGCGCACCGCCAGGACUCGCAAUACCGCUCCGCGGCCCUCUCCAACACCGCCGUCUGGACCGGCUCGCCGCUCUUCCCGGUUGCAGAAUGUGACGCCGAUUAGCUAUGUGGAAGUGGAUAUGGUGAAGAAGGGUAAGUCUUUGAAAGAUGAAGAUAUUUCGCUGGAAGAGGGUUCGAAGCCGGAGUUUUACACAGAAGAGCAUGAUAAGCUGUUGGGCAACACUGAGAAGAGCUGGACAUUAUUUGUGGAUGGUUAUGGGAAGGAUGGAAAGAGAAUUUAUGACCAAUUUAGAGGAAAGACUUGCCACCAAUGCAGGCAGAAAACGCUUGGAUAUCGGACUCGCUGUAGUGAAUGCAACAUGGUCCAAGGACAGUUUUGUGGAGAUUGUUUGUAUAUGAGAUAUGGGGAGCACGUACUUGAAGCCAUACAGAACCCUAAUUGGAUUUGCCCUGUCUGUCGUGGAAUCUGCAACUGCAGUUUGUGCCGGCAAGGAAAAGGAUGGCCUCCCACUGGUACUCUUUAUAGAAAGAUAUCAAAACUGGGCUUCAAAUCGGUUGCGCACUAUCUCAUUCAAACUCGACGCUUACAUGCGAAUUUAGAUAAAAAUGUAGAUGCUAGCAACCAAGUUUCUGCAAAGAGGUCACUGCCAUUCUCAGAUAUUGAAGCACAGCCCAAGGGAUCUCUUGAGGUUGACAGUAUUCACCUUCAAUCAUUAAAACCUCAAGCUGAAGUCAAAAGUGAGGAUGCAUUCAAGAGUGAAAAAGAGAACAAAAUGCAAAGUAGCCCAAAUCCAGGUUCUAACAAUAAAAUUUUUGCAAGGAGGUCAUUAUCCUUUUCAGAUAUAGGAGCACAGUCUGGAAAUUUGAAUCCUCCAGAGGUUGAUGAUCUCCAUGGGUUAUCAAAUUCGCGUUCUGAAGACAAGACAGAUGACCAGUUCAAAGGUGAAAAGGAGAAGGAACUCCAUUCUAUGGAUCAAGAACAUGGUCAUAGCAGUAAUGUGAUGGAAAGUCACCUAAAGGUUAACAAGCGUGCACUUCCCAAUUACCAAAGCCCAGAUGGUAUUGCUGGAAGGUUAAGGCAGAGGUGUAGAAAAGGCAACAGCCUCGAUGAUGAAAGGUCACAAGGGGUGAAUGAGAAAAUUUCAGAUGUCAAGGAGGCUGUAAAGAAUAUUUCAUCAGAAAACAAUGUAGAGAAUAAGAAGGAAAUGCAUUCUAAAGAAAUAGACAAGCAAGGUGCAGAUAAUGUUGCAUCAGAGAGAAGUUCAAAUCUUAAAAAAAAGCCAGCUCCUGCUGCUGAACCAAGCCUAGACAGUAUUGCUGGAAGAUUGAGGUCUAGAGGUAAAACAGCAUGAAGAUAAGAGAGUGCUCCUCUUUUGCCCUUCUGUACUGAACCCGUCUCUCUAAAUUUUCCUCCCUUUUUGCCAGAGUAUUGAGUUUACAAAACUCGUGACAUGUUGCAUAAAAUUGUACGAAACAGUGUUUUGGUAGGUUUCAGUCCGAACUCCGUUUUGCAACAUUUCAAAGUCUUUACUAAUUCUCC